AUGAUUUACACUCGCAAGGAAGGUCCUGCAGUCAGCAGAGACUUGGCCAUGCGUGUUGUCCUCAAGCUAGUGGAGCCUUACGUUGAUAAAGGAUACCUGUUGUUUGUUGACAACUGGUACACCAGUGUACCGCUCUUUUUGGAGUUGGAAAGAAGAGGGAUAUUAGCUUGUGGGACUGUGAGGGGGAACAGAAAAUUCCUGCCAAAGGACAUUGUUGACCAGACCAAAGAACAGGUCAAAAGACUAAAGAAAGGAGAAUCCCUCUUUCGACAAAAUAACAACUUAGUUUGUGUCACCUGGAAAGACAAGAAGCUUGUCCACCUGCUGUCAACUAUUCCUGAGGGUUUAGAAAUUGGUCAGGUGGAAAGGAAAGUCAGAUCCAAAGGUCGGUGGCAAAAACAGAACUUUGCACAACCAAAGGUAAUCAAAAUGUACAAUUCCCAUAUGGGGGGAGUUGAUUUGGGUGAUAAACGGAUAGCAACCAGCUCCAGGCUUAUGAAGGGAAAUAUUUGGUAUUACAAAAUUUUCUUUCUUAUGCUUGAAGUAUCUGCACUAAAUGCACACAUUAUGCACAAGAGAGCUGGGCAUGGAAAAGUCACCCUAGCUGCAUUCAAAGAGAAACUUGUGGAGCAACUUAUUGCAGGAAAUUCUUUUAGAAGAGACACUACCAAUAACCUGUCAGCGAUUGCUGCCCAGCUACCAGAUAUCCACUUCAACCGUGUGCAGUUCCACCAUCCUGUGAAAACUGACACUCACAAAAAGUGUAAGGUACACAUACAACGGGUGGAAACAGUCUAUGAGUGUGCAGUUUGCCAAGUGCGUACGUGUCCAGCACCUUGCUUUGAAAGAUACCACACUUUGCAAGAAUAUCUAUUUGACGAUCCCAAAAGAAAUAAUAAUGCUAAUAGGCUCAAAGAUGUGACUGGUAGACCAAGGGCUGGACCAGGCAGACCUCCACAGAGGAGGUCAAGAUAA